GCACAGCCACCCUGCCCGACGCAGCCCCGCCGAGAUAAGGGAGCGCGUUGGCUCCGGAGAUUAGACCUGCCCGCUGCUCUGUUUCUCGUUUUUUUCAUGCAUUUAUUGGCAAAAGAGGAGCCCGAAGGGGGGGAAGUUAAAACAACAGAGGGGGAAACAGCACCCUGUUGUGCACUGCCGGCUGGCUCUGCCGAGGAAAAUUGUCCCCAAGGGGACUGGGGAGAAGCCCCCUUGACUUCUGCGCCGGGGAAGCUGCUGUAACCCGCGGCGCUGGCCCCAGGAGGCUGGGAGCAGCUGAGCGGGGCCGGGCAGAGCCUUUGUGCCUUUGUGCAGCUUUCUGACCGCAGGGCUUCUUGGCCCCGGUGGCUUUGCUGCUUCCGAAGCCGUAGUCAGGGGAAUUGAUCGCUCCCCAAGCAGGUGCCCGGAGCUUUUUGCAAUCGGAGCUUUUGCUUUGUCUUGUCAGCCUGCUGGAAAAGCCUUGUUUUAGGCAGGAUUAAUCUCUCGGAGCAAUAUUCGAAAGCAGAGAGGGGGCUUUAAUUGGGCUGGGAUUAGCAGGGAGAGGGGGAGCUUUCUUCUUUCCUGCUAAUUGCCCCUUAUCUGCGGCUGCGAAACCUGCUGCUGGCUGCCUGCCUGCCUGCCUGGCUGUGCUGGGGCCCAGGCGAGCCGCGGGGCUUGUCGGUUCCCCCGCUCGCUGGUGGAGAUGCUGAUAACCAACUUCAGCGUGCCGGCAGCCUGCUUCUCCCUGCCGCCCACCUCCCGGCAGCUGCUGCAGGAGCUGGACAUGGUCCAACUCUCCAUCAUGGGCUUGGCCACCAUCCUGACGCUGGUGUCGGUCGCCAUCUACGUGGAAGAGGCCAUCUACCUCACCCACAAGAUCCGCUGCCCCAUCAAGAUGAAGACCCUCCGCUGGAGCAGCUCGGCCCCCACGGUUGUGGCCGUGUUCAGCUGCUUCGGGCUGUGGAUCCCGCGCUCCAUGAUGGUGGUGGAGAUGGCGACCACGAUGUACUUCGCCAUCUGCUUCUACCUCCUGAUGCUGGUCAUGGUGGAGGGCUUUGGGGGCAAGGAGGCGGUGCUCAGCACCCUGAAGGACGUGCCCAUGGUGCUCAACACCGGGCCCUGCUGCUGCUGCUGCCCCUGCCUGCCCCGAAUCACCAUGAGCAGGAGCAAGCUGCGGUUGCUGAUGCUAGGGACUUUCCAGUACGCCUUCUUGAGGACGGCCGCCGUCUUCCUGGGGCUGGUGCUGUCUGCUGACGGGAACUACAACCCCGCUGAUAUCUCAGCGGAGAGCGUGGCGCUCUGGAUCAACACCGUCGUCGGUGCCUCCACCCUCUUCGGGCUGUGGGCUCUGGGCAUCCUCUUCCGGCAGGCCCGGCUGCAUCUGACGGAGCAGAACAUCAAGGCCAAGUUCACCUGCUUCCAGGUUCUCCUCAUCCUGACAGCGCUGCAGCCCGCCAUCUUCAGUAUCCUGGCCAACAACGGCAACAUCGCCUGCUCGCCGCCCUUCUCCUCCAAGGCCAGGUCGCAGCAGAUGAACAUGCAGCUGUUAAUCCCGCAAACCUUCAUCCUGGCCGUGGUGACGCGGAUAUACUACCGCAAGCAGGAUGACAAGCCGGGCUACCAGCCCUUCAACAUCACGCCCGCCAGCAGCAACGCCAAGGCGUGAGCGGGGGGGAGCACAGGAGGGUGCGAGGGGCAGAGCCCGGGGUGCUGCCCUCCCUGCACAGCCAUCUCCUCCUCCUCCUGCGGCCCUGGGAAGCUGCUGGGAGCAAAGGCAGCAGAGGGGGAAAGGGCGUGUCAGCGGAGGGUGACAGGGUCCGAAACCUGAAGGCCAUGAGCCAGAGGGAGCUGCGCGGCAGUCGUCCAGCCCCGGGGGGGCUCUUGUCUUGCACUGAAUAAAGGUAACUCUGUACGUGGGUCUUGUGUUGGUCACUGGGCUCAGAUCGUGGGAGGACGGAGCCCAGGGCAGCAGAGCCAUGGUGCAGGGCUCGCAGUGGGCUGGGGCUGAUGAGGUGCCCAGCACCCCCCACUGAAGCCCCUUCUCCCUCCAACCACUGCUAAGACGGCACGUGAGGAGGCCACGACGAGAGCUGGCUGGGCUAGAACAGCAAAAGGGACCUGGCACGCAACGAAUAAAACGACUUUGCAUUUAUUUGGCUAAACACAGAAGCCAAAAAAACAACUCCAGAACAAGUAAGACACGGGGCUGUGCACGCAGGCCAUACAGAGAAACCAGCACAGCGAACACGGAUUGGGAAGAGCCAGCCCGAGGUGACAGCAAGAGUAGCUGAUGCACAAGGCCAGGGAUGGGCAGGGGAUGGCAGAAUGUGGGUGCUAAGGCCACACUGUGGGUGCUGGGCACCACCAGAGCUUCCUGCGACCAGCACCCUGGUGAUCUCCCAGUGCCCCCCAGCACACUACCUCUGGCCGGUGCAACCCUGGGGAAGAGAAGAGUCAGAAAACCAAAGCUCCCAACUCCCACUCUUUCGUUUCUUUCAUCCAUUUCAGGGAAAAAGUUCUCUUUCCCAUCAAGGGGGGAAAAAAGUGACUCAAAGCUUUUUGUGGGUGGCUGCAUUCAGAGUGAAACUGCUCAGCUGGAAGACACACUGGUGAGCAGUUUUGAGACCGUCAGGCUUGACAGACUCCUGGCAACAGAGCAUGACAGGACUUUCUAGGCACCAACGGUAGCGUUGGGCCCGGAAAUCUCCUGGUUUUGACAAGCAGCAACACGCAGGCAAGCAGCAAAACACGGGAUUCGGUCACCUUGUUGGACAGCCAGACCCAGCUCCUUACCUGCGGCAGGUAGGACACCCAGCCCGUCCAGCAGGGAGCCCUUGUGAGCACCAAGUCUUCCCUGAGGGCAAGAGGCAGGGUUUGUCCCAAAGUCACCGCUACUGCCAGGUGUAUUCACUGCUCCAACACCUGCCUCGGGUUACAAUAAAGUCCUGACCCUCUAAAAUGUCUUGGUAAGACAGGGCAGCGCUGGAAAUGGGGCCAGUCCAGCAAUCCAGGAGGAAACAAACAAAACUAAAAAGGAAAAAAAAAAAAGACUGCUCUGGGAUUUGAGUGUUUUUUUUUUAAUUUAAGUGCAAGGAGGAAGCAGGGAUUAUUGGUUACAAGAAACAGCUCUGUUAUUCCAAGCUACACGUAAAACCAUGCCUGGCUUCUUCCUAAGUGCCCCGGGUUGUGCAAAGACACCAAGAAACACGCAGGGUCUCCACAGAACAAGCCACCAUCCAAAACACACCACUGUUACCCAAAAUUACAGAACACUGUUGCAUAACUUGUGUUUAAAACAGCUGCAAGGCUCUGAAGCAGCCUGGCCUUUGUGAUCCGCCUGGGGAAAGCGACUUGACACCCCUAGUGAGGGAAGGGUGAAGGAAGGAAAGUGGGGAAGAUAGGGAAGAGAGACCGUGGGUGAUACAAAAUAAGUGCUCCACCAUCAUAAAUAAGCCAGGUCAGUAAAGGCUGGCUCGUACCAAGGGACCGUUCUUUGCUCUCACAGCUUAAAGCCAACAGCAGCCAGCCACACUCCCAGAGCUGUGCACACCCCUGCUGAGAGAGGUCCGAGUGGCGGAUGAGGAAUCCCCAAAAUACCCUUUCUCACACAGGCUCUGGCCUCAGCAGAAGCCCAGAGCGAAGAGGUUUCUCUCCUACGAGACUCUGCCAAGCCCUCUGGGCAGCACGACAGAGGAACAGCAAGGUAAAAGCCAGCAAGCAGCAGCAGCCUGGGAUGAUUCGCCUCCCUGCUGCUCCCCAAGCCCCCCAUCCCGCGUGGCAGAGCUCCCUGCGGGGCUGCGAGCCCUCCUCGCCUGCUGCCAGCACUGCAGGAGCUCACGGGGGCUCAGCCCAGCAGCUCCACCCAGAGACAAACCCGAAGGGAAAAGCGAGUGGGAGGUUCAUGGGACAGCCAGCUGGCUGCGGGGACAGCGCGCCGAGCAGCUCGGGACCUGGCACGGGGAGGGAAACUUCCACCCGAAGAGCUGAGGGCCACAAAGCUCGACGCUUACUACACACACACGACAGCAGGCAGGACUAGGACCUUUCAAAUGAGCAGAGCACACGUUUAAAAUCUUAAAAAGCCGCAGCACUCUCUGAUGUUCUUCCCGGCCUGCCUUGAGGAGCGGAGUAAAUGGGCAGGAUUUGUGCAUUUAUUGCACAGGACAGGUAACACGGGACUGUCACCCUUCACUGGGCAGUAAAACAUGCCCCUCAUCUGUCCAGCUGCACAUACCGACAGACAGCAAACUGGCUGCGUGAAUUCUUGUUUUGUCCUUAUAGCAGCAACUUGACCAGUGUGAAGGACUGCGCCAGUCCUCAGAGCACAGCAACUGAAACACGGAGACGCGCAGAGCACAGCGCUGAGGGGCCGCGUGGACGGACAAACACUUAGGACACACCAGAGACUGGGACAAGGAACUUCUCAAAGGAGCACACACAUUCAUUUCCUACCUGGGCGCUCACACACCCGAGGAAACGCACAGACAAAGUGCCCUGAAGCAAAGAUUCAUUCUCUUCUCUCCAACAGCAACUGAGGGCUCAAUUUUAGCUCGAGAUUUAGCAGUCCCGUUAAGAUUAGCUGGAAAAGGCCUUUCCCCUGCAGCCGCCUGUGCGGAUUUGGAGCUGCAAAUGCUGCACACCUGCAGGGCGUGCGACUACGGUGCUGCGACUUCUUCCAGGGGGUGACUCGUGCACGCUAAGCUGGCAGCCCUCUCCCCAGCACAUCCUCACCGCGGCACGCCGGGAAGCUCGGCCAAGAGGCAUGCCAGCGCUGCCGAGCCUGCCAGGUAAGUUCCUAUCGGCUCCAGAGCAGCAGAGAUGUCCCUGUGUCCUAGCAGUUUCUCUACGCAACUGCUCCCUGCGUGCUGUCGAGGUCACCCUGGUUGAGGAACCGAGGGGUCUUUCAUUUGGCAGUGGCACGGAUACUGCCUGGGGCUGGGAGGGAUAAGACAGGGGAGCUGAAAGAAAGAAGG